CCGAGAAUCCUCCUUCUUCCCCGCCUGCUUCUGCAGCCAUGUCUAACAACCCGUCGUUUGUGCUCAAGAAGGUUGAGGAGGUCGUCUACGAGGAGAGACCCAUCCCCGAUAUCAAGGACGAUGAGGUUCUCGUUGCCGUGAAGAAGACUGGUAUCUGUGGUUCCGAUGUCCACUACCUUGUCCAUGGCCGCAUCGGCGACUUCAUCGUCGAGAACCCCAUGGUUCUGGGUCACGAAUCUGCUGGUGUCGUGCACAAAGUUGGUAGCAAGGUCACUGACCUCAAGCCCGGGGACCGCGUCGCAAUGGAGCCUGGUGCUACGUGCCGCAAGUGCGAUGCCUGCAAGCGUGGCCGCUACGAGCUCUGCCCAGACAUCAUCUUCGCGGCGACGCCCCCUUAUGACGGUACCCUCGCGCGGUACUACCCCAUACCCGCCGAUCUUUGCUACAAGCUGCCGGACAACCUCACUCUCGAGGAUGGUGCCAUGAUGGAGCCUCUUUCGGUCGCGAUCCACUCUGUGGCGAACGUCGCCGGCCUCAAGCCCGCCGAGACUGUGGUCGUUUUCGGCGCCGGACCCGUCGGCCUCCUCUGCAUGGCCGUCGCACGCGCCCUUGGCGCUGCGCGCGUCAUCGCGGUCGACAUCGUGCCCUCCCGCCUCGAGUUCGCCAAGUCGUACGCGGCGACGGACACGUACCUCCCCCCGCAGUUCCAGGAGGGCGAGUCGCGCAUCGAGUACUCGAGGCGCAACGCGAAGCAGAUGCAGACGCAGCUUGGACUGGAGGAGCGCGGCCUGAAGGCCGUCGACCUCAUCGUCGACGCGUCGGGCGCGGAGGUGUCCAUCCAGACCGGCAUCUACAUUGCGAAGCACGGUGGGCGUUACGUCCAGGUCGGGAUGGGCGCACCGGAGAUCGUGAUCCCAAUCACGACGCUGCUCGUGAAGGAGAUCGACUUCAAAGGCUCGUUCCGCUAUGGCCCUGGUGACUAUCAGCUCGCCAUCGCCCUCGUCUCGCAGGGCCGCAUCGACCUCAAGCCCCUUGUCACUCACCGCUACUCGUUCGACCAGGCCGUCGAAGCUUUCCAGGCGACGCGGGCAGGCAAGAGCCCCGACGGCAAGCCGGUCAUCAAGGCUGUCAUUUCUGGGCCCGACGUCAGCCCCGCUGACCUGCUAUAGGUGGUGACUGUGACCUGAGGCUUCGGCUCCAUGAUAUGUGGACACGGUAGCGGGGAUGCGGUCUGAAUGCAGGCGACGUUGGAUGAAGCUACGGCAAACAAGGAGAGGCAGUGCUCAACAUAAUGUACGAUGUAUGUACGGUAUCCCUGGAAUUGCGCCGGGCUGUCGUUGUGGGCAGUCGGGCAGCCUGUACUAUCCAAUGCGCAGACAGAUACCUCAACUGUUCAGUCACUCGCG